AUGAAAUUUUUAAUUACAUUAUUAUUGUUUUUAUAUUAUCAAAAUGUAUUUGUAGUAGGUGAUAAUUUAUGUAUAGCAGAAAUUUUAACAGUUUCAGAAAUUAAUCCAUAUAAUCCCGAUAGCCCGAUCGAAAUAACAGGUACAUUUUGUAGGGGAAAUAUUACAGCGAUAUCAUUUAGUGUUGGUGAAGGAAUAAAACCAUUACAAUGUGAAAAUAUUAAUAUCAACAAUAAUCAAGAAUCAUUAACUUGUUCAUUACAACAACAAUUAGCAACAACAACUUCACCAUCAAUAAAUUUUAAUCAAUUCUAUAAUGUAUCAAUUCAAUAUUUAGGAAUAACAAAUAACAACAAUAACAACAACAAUAAUAAUAAUAAUAAUAAUAAUAAUAAUAAUAAUAAUAAUAAUAAUAAUAAUAAUAAUAAUAAUAAUAAUAAUAAUAAUUCAAUCAAUACUAUCAAUUUCCCAUAUUAUCUUUAUGUAAAUAGUUCAUGUCCAAAAGAUUGUGCAAAUCAUGGUAAAUGUGAUAUUGGUAAUACUUGUAGAUGUAAUAAAGAGUAUGCAUCAUUCAAUUGUGCAUAUAAAGUAAAGAAUGAAUCUUUAUUACCAUUACCAACUGGUACUGAUUUUAAUCAAUUUAAAUUUACAACAACCAAUGAUAUUUUUAAUAUUAAAAUUUCACAUAUUUUAGCUACUCAAUCAUCAUCACAAUCACCAUCAUCAACUAAUUUUCAACAAGUUGAUAUUUCAAAUUCAUAUAUAACUGAUGAAACAUCAACAAUCACUGGUUUAUCAUUUAUAUCUUCAAAUAUAAGUAGUUGGUUAAAUGGUUUAUACUAUAAUGUAGAUUAUUUUGAUAGAGGAUCCUCUUCAAAAUCUUCUUCUUCUUCAUUUAGUUUUAUAAAUUACCAUGGUUCAUAUAUGCCUGAAUCUUCAACAUCAUCUUUAAUUACAAUUUCACCAACUAUAAAUUCAACAAAUUUAAUUAAUAAUAAUAAUAGUAAUGGUAAUAAUAAUGGUAGUUUUGAAAUUAUUUUUGAAUUAACAAAUUUAAAUGAUAAUAUGGAUUCAAUUAAAUGGGAAAUUUCAGAGAGUAGAAAUUCUAUAUUAGUUAAUGAUCAGAAAUCUCAUUCAUUAUUAUUAUUUAGUUUAGCUGAUAUUUAUAGCUUUAAUUCAAAGAUAAAUCCUGGUCAUUCAUAUUUAAAAAUUUUAAAUUCAAAUGAUAAUAAUAAUAAUAAUAAUAAUAAUAAUAAUAAUAAUAUUAAUCCAUCAAAUUUAAUAAAUUAUUCAAGUAAUUCAAUGUAUUUAUCAAUUACAAUAAAACAAUCAUUAAUUAAUGAUAUAGAAUCUUUAGGAACUUAUACGAUUAAAUUAAUGAUUAAUGCUUAUGAUACACCAGGAUUACAAUUACAAGCUUGGGAAAUUGCAUUAAUAGUGUUUGCAUCGGUUGCCUUGUUUUCAUUCAUAGUUUUCGUUAUUAUUUUAAUAGUUAGAGCUCGUUUGGCUAAAAGACAUUCAAAAUCACUUCAAUUAAAAAACCUUUAUAUUAAUAGUGAUCAACAUGAUGAUAAACCAUUGGUUGAUACUUCAUCUGAAUCUACAAGUCUAUUAUAA